AAUAUUUUUAUCGGAAGGAAAAUGGAUUUAAGCUUACCUUAUUGUCGAUUUUGCUUGUCAAACCUUGAAAAAGUCACAGAAUUCGUGGAUAUCCAACAAUAUUCGGACCUCGUUGAUAAAAUCAUUCAGAUUUUUCACUUCAAUCCUGUGGAAAUAGAUAAAAAUCCAUCAAUUUUGUGUCUUGAAUGCCAUUCUCGAGUACUAUCCACCGCCGCGUUCAUCGAAAAUGUACAAAAAAAUCAAAAAGUAAUAGAGGAAAGUCUCGAACGGAGUGAAAAUGUGUUCGUCAAACAAGAUCCUGAGCUCCAAAUGGAUGUUGAAUACUUAGAAGAAGCAUUUGAAACGAGUUCCGAGUCUUUCAUCUGCCACUUGUGUGAAGAAAAUUUCUCUUCGAAGCAAUUUUUGAAGCAACACAUGGACGAAGAACACUUGGAAACUUCCAAAAAACAUCAAAAAGUUCCUGAAAUCGACAAAUAUCUCAUUUGUGAGCUUUGUGACGCGCAAAAUUUCCCAACUUUUAGUCAAAUGUCGGAUCAUUAUCAAGCCAAACACGGGAUUCGAGGGUACGUUCGUUGCUGUAACAAGCAAUUCUUCACAAAGAAGUCUGUAGUCAAUCAUAACGAAGUUCAUUUGAAUCCUGUCGACUUUAUGUGCAAAAUUUGUCAGAAAUUAUUGCCGGAUAAAUACACUUUAAGAGAUCAUGAAUUGAGACACAAUCCUGACGAAGCGAAAAAAUUCGAAUGCGAUCAUUGCCACAAAAAAUUUCAUGUCCAAAAGGAUUUAGCUGAUCACAUAAAUCGUCUCCAUCGCACGAAAACGGAGCCAGAGAAACGUCAAAAUUGUAAAUUGUGCGAAAAAUCGUUCGUUUCGAAAUAUUCUCUCAUGACACACAAUCGAAGGUUUCACAUGGACCUCGAAAAACCAAUUUGUGAAACAUGCGGCAAAGAAUGUCUUUCGAAAGCCGACUUAACAGCUCAUAUCAAAGCUCGUCACACGAAAAGUGUUCGUCAUAAAUGCGAUAUUUGCGGAAUUUUCGUCAAAUAUCUGCAAAAACACAAGCAAAUUCAUGUCGAGUCAAAGUUGCAUCUGAAAUGCGAUAUUUGCGGGUUGGAAACGACGACGCACAAGUAUCUGCGAUUGCAUAUGAAGAUCCAUUCCGGUGAAAAACCGUAUACUUGUUCAACGUGUAAUGCUUCGUUCAAGCGGAAAAACACCUUUGAAGAUCACAUGAGCAUCCAUAACGGCAUUCCGAGGCAUUUUUGCAACUUUUGCGGACGAUCGUUCAAUAAUUCGGGCAACAAAUCCAGACACAUAAAACGCAGGCAUUCACAACAAAUGGCAGAAAUGAAGAAAAAAAUGAAAGGAAUUAAGGAAAAAGGUCCAAGUUUUGGUCCAAGAAGAGAAGUUUUGAAAAAAAUAAAUUAAAAAAUUUCGAUAAUUUUUCUCCGGAUGUCAACAUGAAGCAAUUGAUGGCUUAAAUUAAUAAUGAGGGUACAAAUAAAUUCGAAAUGAAGAUUCAGUUUUCAUUGCUUUAGAUCUCUAUUAAGAAAAAAAAUAAAAAGAGAAGAAAAAGUUCAUAAAUUUAAUAAAUUGUUACAAAAAUGAUUAAUUUUUAUGGUAUUUAAAAAAAAUAUCAAUUAAAAUAAUUUUUUUAAAUUGUUAUAAAAAUUAAAAAAAAACAAAAAUUAAUAUUUUAUAAUUUUUUUAAAAAAUAUUUUAUAAAUUUUUUGUCUGUUUUUUCAUUA